AGCAAACACACCGAAACGGAACUUUAUUCCAGCACAAAAAUGAACAUGAGAACAAGGGGAAAGUACUUUGAGCGGCCUGACUGACGACAUGAGACAACCUUUGCUCCUUAUCAGGCUGUCGCUGGCAGUCCUGCUCUCUGCCAGUGUGCUGGCUCAGGACCAGGUGCAGAUCCAGUUCCAGACAGACCCGGUGCUGGUUCAAACUGGAACCGAGAUAGUGUUCACGGUGCUGACGGUGUCCCAGGUCCUGUCCAUGACAUGGCAGUACAAAGGAGCCACUCUGGGUCUGUGGGUCGGAGGAGCACCAGUGAUUAACCCGCUGCCCCAGUUCCAGGGCAGGGUCACCAUCUCUGCGACCCAGCUCCGAAUCGGGGGCGCCCAGCUCCGGGAUGCGGGGAACUACACGGUGGAAGUGACCCCCCUGGCUACAACAGGCCUCGACCCUAACUCCAGAUCAAUACAGCUGAGGGUGUUCGAUGCGGUGGCCGGGGUGAGUCUGUUUGUUCCCACGAUAGCGAUGGAGGGGAAAAAUGUGUCUCUGAGGUGUACGUGGACUGCUGGGACAGAGAUUACAGUCCAGUGGGGCAAAGGAGGCGCAACCAUCACCGCCGACUCCAGGAUCACCAUCUCCGGUGGCUCUCUGGUCAUCAACCCAGCCAGACGGGGGGAUGCCGGGGAGUACACGUGUACCGUCAGCAACCCCGUCAGCGCCCAAACAGCCACACAGAAGCUCACCGUCUACUAUGGCCCUGACACCCCCGUGCUGACCAAGGACGCCCCGAAAGAGUGUGUCGGGGGAGGGGAUGUGUUGGUGGGACAGACGGUGCGUCUCACCUGCAUGUCUGACUCACUGCCCCCUGCCCUCUUCUCAUGGCAACGUGACGGACAGCCGGUCGCAUCCGGACAGCCGGACAGCGGGGUGCUCAGCCUCCAGACCUUCUCAACCAAUGAGAGCGGCCGCUACGUCUGCACGGCCAGAAACAGCAUUACUGGAGGCACGUCGGAGCAGGGGACAGACUUGGCCAUCGUAGACACGUGUCUUAAUGUAGGGGAAGUGGUGGGGAUUGUGAUUGGCUGUUUGCUGCUGAUCAUAAUAAUCGUGCUCCUCAUCUUGCUCAUUGUCUUCCUUACGCGAAGGAGGAGGGCACAGCAGAGACAAAGGGAUACUGUGCCGAAGACCAACCCAAAUCCCAGGCCUAUACCUCCAGAUCCACAACCUAAUGGUCCAAGGGAUUUGGGCCAAGGUCCCCAUCCCCCCCUCUAUCACUUGAACACACACACGCGCCACCCUGACCGCUUAUACACAGCCCCGCGUGAAAACCAUGACAACCCACAGACACUGCCGCCGAACGGCCCGCAUAACUCCGACACACACCAGCACAAUGGUCGUGCCCACACAAAUAGACUCCUACAUAAUUCUAUUCAGAACGCCAAUUCAUACCCACACAAUGGCAUUGACAACCCGGCCUUCACACACACUGAUGCACAGAAUGCAAACACGCUCCCAAACACACAGCAGCGAAAUCCGGACAUUCUCAUACAGGCCGGCACUGCCCAGGGCGGCGCCCAGCCGCCGGCGGUCCACCUCAGCCUCAACGCGCUGCCACAGACUGCCCAGCAAAACAACAAUGCGCAAAUGCCCACCAUUCACGUCAACCUUAACUCAUACGCGACCAAUGGCCAACAGACUCAGCAACACAGCUCAUUUCCUCUUAUUAAUACAGCCAAUAAUAACGGCUCACAAACCCAACAAGACUUGGUACACACAGGGGACUCAAAUCCCAGAAUGCAAAGUGGGCAGUCCUAUCGUAGUGACCCCCGGCUGAACGGUCACACGGAAGCAGGUCAACGAGAUCAACCUGCACUUAUCCCGACUGGACACACGCACUAUAACAGUAAUAACGCUUCUCAGCGAAACGCCAACACGCAGACGUACCAGCAGGAGCCAGACCCUCGUAGCAGGUCUGACAGAAACUCAGGUGGACGUGAUACCGCUGUCAGCUCCUCCCGUCGACAGAUGCCGUGGGAUCGCCUCAGAGGGACGCCGGCGUAUCCUGUGGGCACGCUUCAAAGAGGACAGACAUUACCUGAGUACACCUCUGACUCUACAGACUACACUACCCAUCCCCCCCUGCGAGGGGAAAGAGCACGAGACAGAUCUCGGCCUCCACAUCAGAGCCAAACCGCUUCGCGAGGCAGAGCUCCACCCAGGCAAGAUGCACCAUCAGUGGACAGACAGACGCGGAGUCGUUCGGCUGAUCUUCGAGUCCCAAACACUGGCGAUGUAACACAGCUUGCGGCUACACACCACACACAGAGAAGCCCCCGCACACAAAGGGAGAGGGCUCAGCGAGACAUCAGAGGCUCGCCUGUCAGCCAGACCGCCCCCAGGCAGGAAACCACACACAGCAAUAACCCCCGGGCAAGGCCUCUCAUGAGCCAGCAGGCCUCUGCAGGCCGCUCUGCUGUGUCACAAGGACCCCUGACACAACAGGAAGUGACUGCUCUGCAGGGAGCAGAUACAAGAGCUUUGGCUGAUCCUAAUCACCUUCCACAGGCACACAUGGCCCAGCAACAUAGAGCAGCACCGAUCCAAAAACCACCGCUAGGUCCGGGCACACAGACACAGCCUGUCAUACAGGGUGCCAGUCAACCUCGCCAAGGAGGCUCUGCUCCAGUCCCGAACUCUUCUGCCCAGCCUAAUCCCAGUCACCUAACCCAGGCUGCACUUAAAGCCCACACCGAGGGGGCUCAAACAUUUCAGAAUCGGAAACAACAGACCCGUGCUGCCCUGCUCCACCCCGGACCGCAGGCGCAAGCUCCCGCUGCUGGGGCUCAGCACCGACCGACUCCUCCUCCUGUUAUCCCCCUCGCACAGUUCCAGACCCUCCCCAAGAAGGAAACCCAGCACAAAUCCCCAACUAGAGGUCCUCAGCCGCCCAGGCCUCCUGUUAACAUACCGGUGGCUCAACGACGCCUACAAGUGCAACAGCGUUCCAACGUGCAGCACCACCCUGCCACGAUGCCCGGCAACCGUCUUCACCAUCCUGGGAAUGGCCACAUGCAUGUCAGUGCACACAGGCAUGCUCAGGCCCACGCCCGCGGCCACGGGCAACCUGCCCACUUCACCCACCCACGGCAGCAACAGGCUCACAGAGGGAGACCAAGAUGAUGACAGAUGUCAGCAGACUACACUCCACAAUGUCCCGCAUCCGCUGACACAAACAAACAGCUGACAGAUGUGAUCCAAUAUACCACCAAGCAAGACUGACUGCACAAGGUUCUGCACUCAAAAAAGCUGUCAUACCCCGGUUUCUCAGUCCUAAAAUCAGUUUUUUUUUAUAAAGGAAAUGAACAUGUCUCCCAUGGGGAUGUUGAAAUUUAACUUUUUAGAAUACAGUCCUGCUUUCCUAGAAAGAAACGACAUGUUAUCACAAAGAAGGAGAUUUGAUCUGCCCCUUUUUAGAUUUUACUAAAUUAGAUAAGCUAAAUUAUACUGAAGGAUUUUUAUAUGAAAUGCUCCUCAUUCAACUCCAUCUCUCUCUCUCACUCUCUCUCUCUCUCUCUCUCUCUCUCUCACACACACACACACACACACACACACACACACUGAUACCAUCACCCACAUGUAUUGUACUAUUUUGACUUCUGAAGCACCGGUCAUGCAUCAAGCUUUGCCAAGAGGUUGCUCAGAGUAGACAGGUUCAGUGAUCCAUAGCUCUUGACCAAGCUCACAUCCCCUCAUCCAUUCAUCAUCAAAACUAAACAACGCCACCUUGCCAAAAUGCUUUUGAGGUGCCUGCAUGGCUGCCUGUGGGUAUCUGACACUUUAAAAGAUCUAAUAGUGACAGACAGUAAAUGAGAAGGGACUCUGCACAAGACGGACCUGUCCCCCGGGAACAGUGACAUUUAUGAAAGACGAAAUUAGCCGUAGGGGUGGUGUCGAUGUACGAGGAACUAUUUAUUUUGCGUCUUCUGUUUACAGAUGCCUCUCAUGACACCUCUCAAUUAAGGGGAUUCGCCUCAGUGGCGCUCAGAAGUAAUGCUCAGCUAACUAUGAAGGGGAUCCCACGAAUGGGUGGGCGCUUAUUAAUUAAAUGAUUUUAUGCGACUUAAAUGAGUCGGAAAAUAAUCACACCCGUGCACGAACGAGGUCAGCACAAAGACCCGAGCUGCCGCGCUUUCUGCUGAAAAGGCACACUGAAACAAUUCACUGUCGGCACUGGGUCAUGGACAGCACAUUAAAAACAAUGGGAUGUCAUUAUUACUUUUAUGUGUUAUUACGUAUUUAUUGAUUUAGAAUGUCCUUUUUUAAACUCAGGGGAGUGCUUGUAAAAUUGAUUAUUUGUUGCACCAACUGAUAUCAAACAUGGGCACUAUAGUUUAUUGGUGUCUACUUUACAUUUAUUGUGCUGCUGUAAAUUCUUACUAGAGCCCCAAAUGUGUGUUAAUCCCCCACUGAAAACAGUCCCCGACAAAUGCACUAUUUAUUUCUGCGUGAGUAACACUUGGUAAACGCUGCAGUGUCCAGCUGUUGCAGGAAAUUACUUAACCUUCGUUUGACACGAAACUAUAUAUUUGCGACCUGUUUUUAAAGGUUUAUGGCUUCAGUCGAAACUGGCUGAGAACCACAAACAGCUCAGCGAUGGAGACACGUUUUUUUGUCUUUUCACUUGCUGACAUUAAGAAGAACAAACCUUAUUCCUCAAUCUCAAAAUACAUUAACUUGAAAAAUUUCACAGCAGAUCUUCUGGCUCCAACCAAACAUCUGGAGUAAAGAGAUUUACUUUACUAAAAAAUAGUUGUUGUUUUGGGAAAAUUAAUGCUUGUAAAUAGUUCAUACAGAUGUUGAAUAUACGAGAUGCUGCAAGCACAGUAUUAAUCUUUGCUCCUCAGGAAGAAUUUGUACAUUGUUUGUGGUUUAUGAAUUGUUCCAAGAUCUUACUUUGUGAAUAAUAAUAAAGGUUUUUUUUUUUGUCAUUA